AUGGCAGUCUCCAACAAGAAUCUAUCAUCUCCUCGAAAGUUAGCGUUAAUUAUUGGCAAUCAGAAAUAUCAAUCUGAAAAUAAGCAAAGAUAUGCUAUCAAUAAUGCUACUGAUUUCAGCAAUGUGCUCGAGAGUAUAAACUUCACUACAACAAAAGCGUGCGACAUCAGUAAGCAAGACAUGGCUAGUCAAAUUGUUGACUUUAGAAACAAGAUUAACGACGGGGACCUAAUUUUAUUCUACUUUUCUGGCCAUGUUUAUCAGGCUAAUGGCAAAACAUACUUGAUACCUACUAAUGAUUCCAACAUAGAAAAAGAGUGCGACUUUGAUGACUUUGCAAUCAAUUUUGAGGGAACGGUAAAACGACUAGUAGAAAAAAAUCCAUCUUUUGUGACCAUAUUCCUUUUGGAUUACUGUUCACCAUACGUGCUGAUGAAUGGAUCAGCAGCCAAACUGAAGACCAAUGGCAAAGGUCUGUCUGAAAUACAGCCACCUCCUGGAACAUUCAUCCAAUUUGCUUGUAGUGCCAAUCAAACAAGCCUUGCUGUACUAGGAGCAAAUCGUAAUAGCUUGUAUACAAAGCACUUGCUACAAAAUAUUACAGAAGAAAAUGUCCCAAUAAGUGAUCUUUUCAGGCGAGUAAGAAAUGCUGUGCACCAAGAAAGCAAUCAAAGACAAAUACCAUUGUCAAUGGACGGUUUAAGACAACAUAAACAAGCCUCUCUCAAUGAAGUAAUCGUUGCUCGUCUACGUACACAAGAUUUCCUAUCAAAAGAACCGUUAUCACAAAGUGAAUACAGAUAUUACGAGCGAUGCAAAGAAUAUUAUCGCGGCACAGGAAAACCAUUGGUAUCCGUUGCUAGUGAAGUUUUGGACAACAGUAUUGGAUUAACGUCAUCAAUACUGAAAUUCGGCAUCGAUGACAAUUAUUGUAAUUUCGAUGUACAAGAUUUCUUGACUACAUUUUGUGAGAAAAUGCCUCUAAAAAUGGAUGAUAUUGUGGUUAAAGGAAUACAGGCAGGCUCAGUUAUAAUGACAGUGGCAAUUACCGGGGAAACAAAAUCGAAUGAUAAAAAGCGGUGUUUGCAACUGGUAUACAAAUCAUUCACCGAUAGCUUACAAGACGAACUAGGCAAGAUGAAGACGUUUUUCAUCUUUAUGGGUCCCGAAGAAUCAUUACUGAAAAUUCAAAAAUAUCAAGAAAAGCUUUAUUUGCAUCCGGAGUUUAACCGUGUAUAUGUCCGUGGUCGCGACUUCUGGCAAGGUGCUCUCAGUGAUGGCAAAGGCCGUGGUAGUCCCUACUAUUGUCCUGUUGGAUGGAAACGAUGGUCAUUUUAUGUUACUGAUAGGUUCGAUGAAAAAUUUAACGGGUGGUGUAUAUGUUAUCACGGCACAAAAUUUGCGUACGGCAUAUCCAUUCUUUUGAAUGGACUGAAACCGGCGUAUAGACACGAGCAUGGUGCUGGUAUAUAUGUCACUCCAUCCAUUAACUAUGCGAGUCAUCCGAGAUACGCUGAAGUGAAGCAAAUUCCUUCAUCUUUUCGAAAUACUUUCAAAUUAGGUGACUAUAUACAAUAUGUGUUAGAAUGUCGUGUGCAUCCAAACAGUAUUAAAAAGAUAGUUUUGGAAACAUUAAGGUGCAAAAAUAACGUUAGAAUUGAUCCUAAUAUAGAGAAUGAGCGUUUGGAAUGGGUAAUCGAUACUUCUAAAAAAACCAUCGUCGAUUUUAAUGACCCAGAAUCUCCAAUCGUUUGCACAGGAUUGAUGAUACGUGUUACACAGGAUCAUCCUGGUUUGCUACCAGAAUCCCAAUGGUGGUUUGCGUCGCAUUUAUGUGAAUCAGAAAAUUGUUGCAAGGCAGGAAUAGAACUUUCUAUUUUGACCAGAAAAUUGCAACGAGGAAGCACUUGCAGCAUUAUCUAUGACUGA